AACCGAAAAUUGAAUCGUGCCUAAUUGUGAAAAAUCAACAUGGAAAUUUUAAGAAAGACCACGAUCUUUCAAAACAAACGGAGAUGAGUGAAAUAAUCUGUCAUUGUCUGAGAGAUUCAAAGAAUUUCUCGCAUUCGCGGAACGUAACCUUUUUGUCUUCCACGUUAAUUUUUCACAACUAGUCACGACUCAAUCUUCAGGCGAUUUUCCCUAGACUUCGGUAUAUAGAGUCGACACCUGUUUAUACAUAAGAUCGUGUACUAAACUACUAAAGUUAAACAAAAACUGACCUCAGGCCAGCUAGGGAUUUUCUGCUGCUUAUUGUAGCGUACCUAUUCCACACGACAAAAACUAUGAUUGCCACAUCCUAUCAUGGACUUAUACACACAAUAUGUAUCUUUUAUGUUUAUUUCUUUACAGUAUGCUAAAAGUUUAUAGUGAAAGUAUUUCGUGACAGAUAAUGACUUUUGGUCGCAAUAUUUGUCGAAUCUUGAAUUUAUAGGUAUUUGUGUUUUUUACAAUCACAAUUAAUCAAUUUGUUGAUUUUGCAUGCAUCAAUAAAGUCAUAAAAUGAGAAGUUCGAUAAGGACAACUUGGCAAAAGUCGACGGUGUUGUUUGUUUUCGCAAGCAUAAUUAUUACAUUAUGUUCUACAGCGGCAUGCUUCAAAACAGAUAAUUCAAAUAAGGAAUCUCUUCAAUGUGGUGGUUGUAGCUUUAACAGACAAACCAUCAUAAAGACACAAUAUAAGAAAGAAACAGAAGAUUACUGUGCAGCAACCAAUGAUCUUCAUAUUUAUAAAAAGACUAGUGUCAAUCGCAUAGAUCGUUUAAAAAACAUGGCUAAAAUAGAGGCGGGCACCUACACGAUUGGUACAAACGAACCUGUGUUUGUCGCAGAUGGCGAAGGUCCGAAACAGCAAAUAUAUUUACAUAGUUUUUAUAUAGACAAGAUGGAAGUGAGUAAUCGUGAUUUUGCAAAAUUUGUCAACGUAACCAAUUAUCGAACAGAAGCUGAAAAAUUUGGAGAUUCGUUUGUAUUUGAAGGUCUGUUAGAUGAAAAAGUUCGAGCAAACGUAACGCUCGUUGUUGCUCAAGCUCCUUGGUGGUUACAAAUAAAAAAUGCAAAUUGGCAACAUCCAGAGGGUCCAACUUCUGAUAUUAAGAAUAGAAUGGAUCAUCCCGUUGUUCAUGUAUCAUGGAACGACGCUAUUGCCUAUUGCGAAUGGUUAGAAAAAAGAUUACCGACCGAAGCCGAAUGGGAAGUUGCUUGUCGGGGCGGACUGUCAGAUAGGCUGUACCCAUGGGGUAAUAACUUGAUCCCAAAUGGUCGAUACAGAGCAAAUACGUGGCAAGGUGAUUUUCCAAGUAAUAAUACUAAAGAAGAUAAAUACGAAAGCACAUCACCUGUUACAGAAUUCCCGCCAAAUAAGUAUGGAUUACAUAAUAUGAUAGGAAAUGUUUGGGAAUGGACAUUUGAUUGGUGGACGACCGAAACUAGAAAACGAGGCGGGCCUAAUAAUCCUAAUGGCCCAUCUAGUGGCACGGACAAAGUGAAAAAAGGCGGUUCCUAUCUUUGUCACAAGAGCUAUUGUUUUCGAUAUAGAUGCGCUGCUCGGAGCCAAAAUACUCCAGAUACAACGGCUGGAAAUCUUGGUUUUAGAUGUGCAUUUUCAGCUUAAUUUUAAUCGAAAAAAGAAUUAAUCGAUUUUUUAAAUAAAUGUUAUUUAAUCAUCUCAUAUUA